UGGAUCGUUCGCGUCUUACCCUCGGUCCGUAUGGAAGUAACUGCUAAACCGUAAAAAUUGUGUAAUCUGGCCGUGCAGGAACAAAUGUAUAAGUGACCUAGGCUUUUCAUUCAAGCAGCCUCCAUGAACAACUUGAAUGACCCCCCCAGAUGGAACAUCCAACCAGACCCCAGAGGAAGGGGGGCGGGGGCCGGCGAUGGGAACCAAUGGAACUACGCCCUGCUGGUCCCCAUGCUGGGACUGGCUGCAUUUCGUUGGAUCUGGACCAGGGAGUCUCAGAGGGAGAUCCAGAAGGUCCAAUCCCAGUAUGACAAGGAUGUUUCCACAAUAAAAACAGAGAUGGAGGCACGGUACCGGGAGACACUGACAGAGAGGGGUAGGGCAGUGGCUACACUACAGCUGGAGCUGGAGAAGGAGAAACAGAGGGUCAAAGGCUACAGGCAGGCCAUGGUCUCGCAGAGCCAUCAGCUGAUGGAAGAGCGGAAACAGUUACAGCAGGAGCGUGAAGCACUGGAGGAAGACAAGCAAAGGCUGGUAAAGUCCGGCGCUGCAGGGGCUGUACUGCACCAAGCCCUGGAACGAGAAAACGACUGGUACCAUCGAGCCACAGCCACUCUAAAGGAACUAGAGGAUCAGCUCGUGGAGCGGCAGAAUGCCUACUGUUCCCUCAUCCUACCUCGAAAAGACCGGAUAGAGAUGGAGAAGAACAUGCUUAUUAAGGUCGUCAAAGAACCCAUCGCGACAGAACUGGAUCUAGAGUCCGAUCUGAAGGAUAUUUUCAGGAGAGAUAAUUACUGUGCAGACCUGCUAAACAUGGACAAGAGGAAGAACGGAAGCCUCAUGUGGGUGUACCUCAAAUACUGGCAGCUGCAGGUCACUGUCGAGAAACACAAGAGAGCCGAAGCAGCCAUAUUAGGAAAAAAUCCCCAAUAUCACACAAAGUGACAAAAGUCAAGCAGACUUUGAAGAAUGUUUAUGGGUCAGGAGUAGAAAAUGCAUGUUUGCUUCACUCUGUGUAAUUCUCUUUAUUGAAACACAAUUAAAACUUGGUCAGGGUUAAGCAUGCUCAAAUACAACAUCACCAUAACCUCAGAAGCCCCAGUUGAGACCCAUUAGCUUUAAAUUAAUUGUGUGAAAAUGCAUAAUGAUAAAAUGCACUAGGAUCAUUCAGGUGAUAUCCUUAUUGGAUUCAUAUCUGAUGUUAAACGCAAGGAAAUGUAAUUUUAUUCUGUUUACCCCUUUGGACAAUGUUGUCAGAACGUUUGUGUCGAUUUUAACUCUGAGUGCCUUCAAUUACUGAGAGGUGCAGAUGUCAAUUCAUAUGUCUAAUAACGUUUGUUUCUCCAUCUUGGCUAUGCAUUUAAGGCCUCAAGUAACUGUUCCCAAAGUGAUGUGAUAAUACACACACAUCUUCAGGGGGGAAAAAACAGAGUAUUAUCGAGAAUAUUUUGAAAGAAAAUCAUUAACAUCUUUUGGGGAUCGUGUUGAUACCAGGCUUUAAUAUCUGUAUGGACUAUUGUCGGAAAUAUUAUCAGGAUAUCCAUAAAUUAGAUUUUUUUUCUUUUCUUUUGUCCAUAAAUUGAGGUUUCCAUCCAUCUAUCUGUCUCUCCUUACACUCAGAUGUGUAGCUAUGUAUGAUAGUGUGUCUGUUUCUGAUCGCUGGUUUUACGUUUUGAGUCUUCAGUGCUGAUUUUAGGGAUUUUUUUUUAACUAUCAGGGAAGCGGGACAUUGAAGGUGCAUGUAAAUCUAAAAAGAAAACAGAGCUCAGAGUAGUGCUUGGUACUGCAACACCUUCGCACAAUACUGCAACAAAAAAAGUCAAGCAGCGCCCUUUUUACUCACUACAAAGGGUUAAUUAAAGCUGUAGCACUUACACAAGCCUCUCUACACUGUUAUGACCACAACCUGGUGAAUAAGUGCUGGAUAUAAUACAAUAGGUUCAAAUGUACUGACUCUAAUCAUUCUGUGAUAUCCUAAUAAAUCUUUGGUGAAAGGA